AUGUUCUCCUGCAUCGUCAGGUCAGCUGUGAGCAUUGCUCGCAGCUUCUGCAUCUCUUCCCAGAGCAACACAAAGGUGGCAGUGAUGGGCAUCGGCCAGCCCCUGUCACUGCUCCUGAAAAAGAGUCCCCUGGUCAGCCAGCUCUCACUUUAUGACGUUGUCCACACCCUCGGAGUGGCUGCAGACCUCAGCCAUAUCGAGACCAGGGCCCAGAUCACUGGCUACGUCGGCCCAGAGCAACUCCCGCAAGCUCUGAAGGGGAGUGAAGCUGUCCUCAUUCCUGCUGGAGUGCCCAGGAAGCCUGGGAUGACACGGGAUGACCUCUUUGAGACCAACGCCUCCAUCGUGGCCACCCUGGCUGAUGCCUGUGCCCACAACUGCCCUGACGCAAUGUUGUGCAUAAUCACCAACCCAGGACUGGAUCCAGCACGUGUCAGUGUUCCCGUAGUUGGUGGCCAUGUGGGCAAGACUAUCAUUCCUCUGUUAUCUCAGUGCACUCCCAAAGUGGAGUUCACUGAGGAUACGUUUGCUGCCUUGACGCACCGUAUCCAAGAGGCAGGCACUGAGGUCGUGAAGGCUAAGGCUGGGGCAGGCUCUGCCACCCUCUCCAUGGCGUAUGCAGGGGCUAGGUUCGCCUUGUACCUGCUGGAUGCCAUGAAUGGCAAAGAGGGGGUCAAGGAAUGUGCAUUCGUCAGGUCAGAGGAAGGCAAAUGCACAUAUUUCUCCACCCCUCUCCUCCUCGGCACCAACGGAGUGAAGAGGAACCUGGGCCUUGGAAAGCUCUCCGCAUUCGAGGAAAAACUUGUGGCGGAAGCAUCAAAAGAACUAAAGGCCUCCAUCAGGAAGGGAGAGGACUUUGUGAGAGAAAGGGCAGCUCAAGGAGAAGCACAGUAA